CAUGGCUGCAGUCUGCCCUGAUGCUUGCAGUGAACUAGGGAGAAAAGAUAGCAGGGACUGCAUUUUGGAGCCUUUAUCUUUGCCAGAAAGUCCCGGUACUGUUCCAUUUUCCCAAGGAGAGCAGACUGUACCAUGUAUUUUCUGUGAACAGUCUUACAAUGAAGAUGAGAAGGAGGGCCUAUUGAAGCACAUGAUUAUUGAGCACAAACUUGUCAUAGCCGAUGUAAAAUUAAUUGCAAACUUUAGAAGGUAUGUUUUUUACUGGAAGAAAAGAUUUUCGGAACAGCCGAUUACUGAAUUCUGUUCUGUAAUCAGAACCAACUCUGAAGCUUCAGUAGAGCAGCAAGAGAACUAUUUCCUUCUGUGUGAUGUUUUGCCAGAAGACAGAGUUUUGCGUGAAGAGCUUCAGCAAGAGAGACUAAGGGAAAUCUUGGAACAGCAGCAGCAUGAAAGAAAUGACACAACUUUACAGAGAGUGUGCAUAUUUUGCAAUGAAGAAUUUAAAGGAAACAGAUCCGUUAUUUUUAAUCAUAUGAACAAGGAGCAUUCCUUCAACGUGGGCUUGCCAGAUAAUAUUGUAUAUUGCAAUGAAUUUCUGGAUGCGUUAGAGAAGAAAAUGGACAGCUUGCAGUGUUUGUACUGUGAAAAAAGCUUCCGGGACACAAAUACAUUAAAGGACCAUAUGAGAAAGAAGCAGCAUCGCAGAAUUAAGUCCAAGAACAAUGAAUAUGACCGAUUCUAUAUCAUAAACUAUUUGGAACUUGGGAAGAGUUGGGAAGAAGUACAGUCAGAAGAUGAUCGGGAUUUCGUUGACAGUAAAACAGAAGACUGGUCUGAUUGGGAAGAGAAUCCCAUCUCUGCCGUCUGUCUGUUUUGUGAGAACCAAGCGGAUACGACAGAAAAGCUACUUUGCCACAUGAAAGACAGUCAUCAGUUUGACCUCCUGAAAAUAAAGCUGGACCUUGGGCUGAACUUCUAUCAGCAAGUCAAGUUAGUAAACUUUAUUAGAAGGCAGAUCCACCAGUGUCGAUGCCAUGGCUGCCAAGGGAAGUUUCAGUCGACAGCAGAAUUAACAACGCACUUGGAAGAAGAAGGACACUUUGGAACACUGCCAGAAAGAUCUCUCUGGGAUCAACCACAGUACUACUUCCCUACAUAUGAAAAUGAUUCUCUCCUGUGCACCCUGUCUGACAGUGAAGGAGAUACAGCAGAGGAGGAGCAGCAUGACAACGUCCCUGUUAUCGGAGAGGAUCUUUCCAGUCUUGAAGCUUUAAAACAGACCAGUGUAUUAAAUCAACUAUUAUGUGAUAAAACCCUAAGAAGCUAAAUAUAUUAAUAUAAUUCUCA